CUCUCUUUCUCACUAUCCCUAAAUCCACACAUUUCAACAACAAAAAAUCCCUAAAUCCACCGCCGCCACCUGAUUCCGGUUGCCUCCACCAGCAAUUGAUGCCGGCGCAGCUCCUAGUAUCACCCCUGCUGUGCCACCUACUCUCUCUCGCACUAAUGAUGGAGGUCAGUCCGGCAGCGGGAAAGCUGGAUAUCCUGGCGGCGGUUCGGUCGAACAGGAGCUGCGGCGGUGGCAGACGGCUCGAGAGCCACGGGUGGCGGUGUUUCUCACCAAGGCGGCGCAAACUCUCCCAAGGAUACGGCGUGGGAUGGAGAAGUACAUGAGGCAGCUCGGCAACUUCCCGGCGACGAAGAUCAGAAUGGCGUGUCAAUGGUGUCAGCUGAAGAUAGGAGGAGGAGGUCUGUGGGUACUAGAAUUUCCUUUGCAAUUCAUUAUAGUAGUAUCUAUGCUAAUUAUAACGCCUGAUUAGAGAACAGAUAAGUGAGAACAAGUCCGUCCGAACGUCUUCAGUUUUAAAAGGAAACGCCGUCAGACUGUCAGUAGGAAAACCACAUGCCAUUAGUUCAGUGGACGCAACAACCAUUAUCAUGUAUAAUUGCAGCUAGUCUGGCUGGAGAACAUGGAAUCUCUACCAUCAAGCGUUGACGCCGCUGGCUAGGCAUCCUGCGGCUGUACUUCGUCUUCUUCAAAGCUCAGGCAGGCCGUAGUGAUCCAGAUCUCAUUGACGUCUGCUCACCGGCCGGCGGGUUCGACAAGAAGGGAUAGUUCAUUUACUCCCCUGCCGUGGCUUGCUAUUGAUUGCAAAUGGAUAGUGAAACUAGUACUAGACCCGGUGUCGACUUUCUGGAGCGCAUGCUGAUUGAUGAAACUGCAGAGCCAACAUCUGUGUCAUUAUCACUUUUAGAAACCAUAACAAACUGUUUCUCUGAUGAUCAGCGGAUUGGAAGCGGUGGGUUUGCGGUGGUUUAUAAGGGGAUAGUGGGAAAAGGGAUGAUCGCUGUGAAGAAGUUGACCAAAUAUGAUUUGCCUGAGAAAAAGUUUCUUAGAGAGGUUAAGUGCUUGAUGAAGGUCAAGCACAAAAACGUAGUGCGCUUUUUAGGAUACUGUUAUGAAAUGAAGGGGGAAAUUGCAGAUUUUAAGGGGGAGACAGUCAUAUCGGACAUACGAAACUGGUUACUAUGUUUCGAAUAUGUAGCCAAUGGAAGUCUGGACAGUUAUAUCACUGAUGCAUCGUGUGGACUUGAAUGGAGGAAGCGAUAUGAGAUAAUUAAAGGAAUAUGUGAAGGAUUACUUCAUCUCCAUGACAAACGCAUUCUCCAUUUAGAUCUAAAGCCUGGUAAUAUAUUGGUAGAUGAACACAUGGUACCUAAAAUUGCUGAUUUCGGUCUAUCAGUGUGCCUCCGCGAAGAUCAAAACUGGGCUUCUACUUUAAACCUAUAUGGAUCUUUAGGAUAUUUACCACCAGAAUUUUUCCGAGGACAACCAGGAUUUGCGUCAGACAUAUACAGUCUUGGCGUUAUCAUUGUCGAGAUAGUCACGGGACAGAAAGGCUAUCCAGAGGAUGAGAAUGUAGUUGAGAAUUGGAGGAAUCGGUUGGAGGGAUCAGAUCAAAGGGACACACAGUUGGAACAAGUAAGAGUAUGCACUAAGAUAGGAAUGGAGUGCAUGGACUCGGACCCAAAGAAGAGACCUGUUGCAAGUCAUAUAGUCGAUACACUAGACAAAACGUCAAGAACCGUUGAAACUGGAAUCAGUAAUUCAUCAUUUGUUGAACAGCAAGUUAGUUUCCUAAAUGAUCAACACUGUCAAGGGGAAAGUGCAAAGCUUUCACCUGAAUACCUUGGAAAGGACAUUAAGGAAAGCGCUGAAACAGAAGAACUUGGGGAAUAUGUUGGGACACCUAGGGAAGAUCAUUGGCAACAAGGUAAAGAAGAUGCUCUUGGUGAUCAAUGGUCAUUAUGGAAAGCCCAAUAUGCAAAGCAAAAUGUCAUCCCUCAAGUUGCAAACAUUUCUAGCUCUAACUCUGGUUUGCUAUACAAGCUGAACAAUUUGGGCAUCUUCAACACAAAAGCACACAAGAAUUACAUAAAGAAUGGUGGGCCUAUGUUGGAGAAUGUGUCACAUUUGAAACUUUUCAAAAAGGGGGAGCUCAAGCCAAUUUUGAAGUAUUCGAAUUUAAUUGGAAAAGGCGACUUUGGAGAAGUUUACAAGGGUUUGGUUUAUAAUGUACCAAUUGUAGUAAGGAAGCCAUAUAGUCGUGGGGUGCUCGCGAUUCAUAUUUUUACAAAUGAAGUCAUCAUCCAAUCUCAGGCCCAUCAUAAAAACAUUGUUAGGCUCAUAGGUUGUUGCCUUGAAGUUGAUGACCCGAUACUAGUCUAUGAGUUUUACUCCAAAGAUAGCCUCCACGACAUUCUUCACGGCAACAGCACAGUGCCUCUCAACUUGAGCACGCGUUUAAGUAUUGCUGCAGUAUCAGCAGCUGGUCUAGCUUAUAUGCAUACAGAGGGCCAUACAAUAAUGUUACAUGGUGAUUUGAAACCAGAAUAUAUACUCUUAGAUGACAAAUUUGAGCCAAAGAUCACAAACUUUGGCAUAUCGAGGAUGUUUCUAAAAGAAGAGCUAACAGGUACAAGAAGUAUUUCAGCAGCUUUCAAUGUCAGUGGCUGUAUGGAUCCAAUAUACCUCGAAACACGCCUGCCGACCAAACAAAGUGAUGUCUACAGUUUUGGAGUUGUCAUCUUGGAGCUUCUUACUAGAAAGGAGGCCAAAGCUUUUAAUAUUCAUAGUAUAACAAGGAAGUUCCUUGAGAAUCACAAGCAGGGGAGGAAAGCAACUGAGCUGUUUGAUAAGGAAAUUGCAGUGACUAGAGAUUUGGAGCUUCUUGGCGAUCUGGCAAAAAUUGUUAUGGAGUGUAUGAACCCUGAUGUGGAGCAAAGACCGACAAUGGUAGAUGUUGCAAAGCGCCUCUCCAUACUGAGUAAAUCCCGUGAGUUGGCGCUUCUGCAAGCUAGUUGAGUAUGAAAACAUGCAUGUUGUGUCGAGUAGGCGCGCUGGUCGGAAAACUGUAUAUCCAUAUGUGGUUUUUAAUUUAUGUAUUUUGCAGCUGUGAGCAAGUCUUUGCUA